AUGGAUGUCUUCUACGCCUACACCUUUGGUACAGCCGCAUGGCUUGCCUUGCAAGCUACGCCAAUGAUCGCGUCACCCACCAUGAUCGCAGCCUUGCUCUCCCCGCAGGUCCGCGAAGCGACAACCCUCGAGAUCUACUUUUCGCGCUCGCUGGGCUUCUCGCUCAUAACGCUAGGAAUCCUUACCGUUCUCCUCACCGGUUCCGUGCCGUUGUCCUCCCGCCUGAGCUCCCCCGCCGGUGGCGCGACGACGGAUCCCAACGACCCAAAGGCGCCGUACGCGCUGCCGACGCUGACGGUGACGACGUUGUACCACGCGGCCGCCGCCUUCUACAUGUACGGGAUGUGGACCGAGACAAACGUGACCUCGUUCUCCUUGGGCGUAGCCGGCAGCACCUCGCUGGCCGCCGUGGGCUUGUGGUGCAUCCUAUUCGCUAGCAGCGACGGCCGCAUCAGCCGCAAGACGGGCGCCGACAAGCGGACCAGCGGGUGGCCGUUCAAGAACGCCGAAGCGGACAGGAGGAAGGCGAGGAAGUCUCGGUAA